AUGUGUAACAAGCGACUUGUGGCCUUAGUGCCAAAUGACACUUCAUUCAACACCAGACGAGCCUACACCAGCGAAGAUGAAGCCUGGAAGUCGUAUUUGGAGAAUCCCCUAACAGCAGCCACCAAGGCUAUGAUGAGCAUAAAUGGUGAUGAGGACAGUGCUGCUGCUCUUGGCCUACUGUAUGACUAUUAUAAAGUUCCCAGAGAUAAAAGGCUGUUGUCUGUUAACAAAGUGAGUGAUAAUCAAGAAGACCAAGAUAAAAGAAAUUGUCUUAAUACCACGGAAGCUCAGAGUAAUUUAAGUGGGGGAGAGAACCGCGUGCAAGUCCUGAAGACAGUGCCGGUUAACCUUUCCUUGAACCAAGAUCCUUUGGAGUCGUCCAAAAGGGAAUACAACACAAAUGUGUCUGGGAGCUCGACCCCCAUCACGGGGACUGGAGUGACUGUGGUUAAAGCGGAGGAGUUCACCCCUGUUUUUAUGACCCCACAAGCACACUAUGCGAGAGGAGAAAAUGAGGAGCAUCGAGGGGUUAUCUUUGAACCAUAUGAAGUGUCCAACAUUGCUCCCCACACAAAUUAUCUCAAAGACGACCAGCGCAGUACUCCUGACAGUACGUACAGUGACACCUUCAAAGAUGGAGGAACAGAAAAGUAUCGCAGUGUGUCAGUGGGGGCUGAAGAAUAUAUUUACGAACAAACAAGCAGCACUUUUCAGUAUACACUAGAAGCUACCAAAUCUCUGCGUCAAAAGCAAGGGGAGGGGCCCAUGACCUACUUGAACAAAGGACAGUUCUACGCCAUCACCCUGAGCGAGACGGGUGACAACAAAUGUUUCCGGCAUCCCAUCAGCAAAGUCAGGAGCGUGGUCAUGGUUGUUUUCAGUGAGGAUAAAAACAGAGACGAACAGCUGAAAUACUGGAAAUACUGGCAUUCUCGGCAGCACACAGCUAAACAGAGGGUCCUCGACAUUGCUGAUUACAAGGAGAGUUUUAAUACCAUUGGGAAUAUUGAAGAAAUUGCAUUCAAUGCUGUGUCCUUUACUUGGGAUGUCAAUGAGGAGGCAAAGAUUUUCAUCACAGUGAAUUGCUUGAGCACAGACUUCUCCUCACAAAAAGGAGUAAAAGGGCUUCCUUUGAUGAUUCAGAUCGAUACAUACAGCUACAACAACCGCAGCAAUAAACCCAUCCACCGAGCCUACUGCCAGAUCAAGGUUUUUUGUGACAAGGGAGCGGAAAGGAAAAUCCGAGACGAAGAGAGGAAGCAGAACAGGAAGAAAGGCAAAGGCCAGGCAUCCCAAGCCUCGUGUAAUAACUCAGCUGAAGGGAAGUUGAGUGCGCUCCCUCUGCAAAAAAAGAGUGAUAUCACCUUCUUCAAAACAAUGGCUGACCUGGAUUCCCAGCCAGUUCUCUUCAUACCGGAUGUUCACUUUGGAAACCUACAAAGAACUGGACAGGUUUACUAUAAUACAGAUGAUGAGAGAGAAGGUAGCAGUGUCCUGGUCAAAAGGAUGUUCCGGCCUGUGGAGGAAGAGUUUGGUCCGUCCCCUUUGAAACAAAUGAAAGAAGAAGGCCUGAAAAGAGUGCUUUUGUAUGUGAGGAAGGAGACAGAUGAGGUGUUUGAUGCUUUGAUGCUGAAAUCACCCACAGUAAAGGGGCUAAUGGAAGCGAUCUCUGAGAAAUAUGGGCUGCCAGUUGAAAAGAUUGCAAAACUUUAUAAGAAGAGCAAAAAGGGUAUCUUGGUAAACAUAGAUGACAACAUUAUUGAGCACUACUCCAAUGAGGACACGUUCAUCCUGCACAUGGAGAGCAUGGUUGAAGGCUUCAAGAUCACACUGACCGAGAUCUAG